GAAUUGUCCGCUGCCUUCCCCAAGCCUCCGCCAUCUUAGAAGAGACAAGUUAGGACUCUGGAGGCGACGGGAGGAGAGACCGCCGAGAAUUGAGGGGCCAGAGAACAAGGUCAAAAUGCCCGUUCGGGGGAACACAUUUAAAAUAUUUGUAGGGAAUUUAAGUGACCGAGCCACUGGGCAAGACAUUAGGGAAUUAUUUGAACAACAUGGCACAGUUGUAGAAGCAGAUGUCGUGAAGAAUUAUGGCUUUGUACACAUGGAAAAGGAGGAGGAAGGCCAGGCUGCGAUUGAAGCGUUAAAUGGCCACUCCCUACAUGGAAAGCCUAUGGUUGUUGAAGCUUCCACUGGGGCGAGAAAAGGCGGCAACCAGAAAACCAAGAUCUUUGUAGGCAAUUUGCACAAGGACACAAAACUGGAAGAGUUGAAGAGUCUAUUUGAGGUGUAUGGCUCCGUGGUCGAAUCUGACAUUCUCACUAACUAUGCAUUUAUUCACAUGGAUGAUGAGGCUCAAGCCCAAAGAGCCAUCCGGGAACUGGACGGAUAUGAGUUACACGGUCUGCGGCUGCGAGUUCAGGAAUCCACCUCUCGAGUAAGACAACAGGCCGGCAUGGGUAAUCCAGACAUGUGUUACCGUUGUGGCUCUGGAGGUCAUUGGUCAAAGGAGUGCCCUCGGGACGGACGCAUGGGAGGCUCUCGUACCCUGACGUGAGAGAGGGGGAGAAACUAUGGCAGCCGCUAUGACCCAUAUCCCCCACCACCCCCUCCAAGCUACGCCAGAGAACGCAUGAUGAGAUACAGGGAUGAUUUUGACAGGUAUGAUCGCUAUGACCGUUACUAUGAUGAGGGUAUGUAUGAACGCAGAUAUGGGGAUCAUCCUCCCCCACCCCCUCCAAUGCUUGAUGACAUCUAUGAGCGACGUCUUCCUCCCCUUCCUCCUCACCCAGACUACCUGCGCUAUGGCCGUCGCUCUCCACCUCCUCGUUACCCACCACCGCCACCACCUCCAAUGCGUGGGCGACUUCAGGUGUGACAGUUUUCGAGAUUCAAGGCAUAUAAAUCUUACAUCACACUUAGGUAAGGUUGGUAAGUUGGACUGCUAGUGACAUUAACCUAAAAACUUCUGAAGAUUUAUGUUUAUGAACAUUAGGUAGGAAUAUGGAUGUACUUUCUAUAAAUCAUGUCUUGAUGAGGUUAAGAUUUGAUUUAGUAAUCUUUAAAUUUUUAGAUGUCAUAGGAUAAUGUACCAUAUAUUUGAGGCUUGCCAUACUACCAUUUGAUCUUAAUUAGAUUUAAUGUGAUCAUUCAAAGUAGAAAUUCAGAAAAAAUUACUCUUGGCAUAGGAAUUAUUUAAAAUUUAGUCACAGGUAGGAGUUGCCAAUGACAAUCCAAAUUGAUGUUACUGUUUUUCUGUUUUAAAGGGCAUACUGAUCACUUUUAUGAAUGGCAUGUAAACACUAGCCAGUCAUCAACAUUUUGUUUAUCCAUUUUGGUGCCGUUGUGUCAGGAAGUCAUAGUUAUACAAAUAAGUUCAUAAUCUCUACAUCAUCUUGAUCCAUACUUUAGAAAUGUAGUGAAUGUUGAGGUGUACAGAAGAAUGUGCAAAGGUAAAUUUUGAAAGGCUAGCACAUAACUAUUGGAAUAUAUUGAUAACAAGGUAUUGAUUAUUAGCAAUGAGAUUCUAACUUUAAAAAUGUAGGAAGUUAAAUUAUGGGAGUUUGUCCAUAUAUCCUCUAGCAUCAUUGAUUAUAGACAGCAAUGCCAGUUUCCUCAUUUGUAGUAAAGAUUUAGAUCUAUUUUGACUUUUGAUAUAGUUUAUUCAUUCAUGCUUUUGUUAUUAACCACAGGUCCAUUGAUUUUACUU